AUGAACGCAUAUUCUUUGGACGGACUUAUCGUAGUAGCCCUUCUAGUAAUCUGUUCUUGUGCAUAUCUUAAGAGAGUCCCACGAAUCAAUAACUGGUUGCUUUCAGAGAAGAAAGGAUUCUUUGGAAUUUUUUAUAAGGCAUCUGUUAUUGGCGUUCGACUACACUCCUUCGUAUCGGCUGCGUGUUUCCUUGCUGCUGCCUACACUUUAUUCAUCAGAUAA